GAAGGUUUGCCUUAGAAGACGAUGACGGUGUUUGUUGGUGUUGGUGUUGCUGCUCGUGGCUGACCUCGCGCAUCGCGAAUUCGCGCCAGCAUCGUCGCCGCACUGCACAAUCUUCGUCGUAGUAACACAAUGGCCAUGAUAGUUGGAGCUGGCAGGAUCUCGGUAGUGGGAUUCGCGAUAGAUGUAGACGCCCAGUUCAAGGCCGCGGCGUCAGUUGGGAGUGGGCAGCUAUGUUGCCGAGGCCCUGCGCUGAGAAAUCCGUUUGUGGGGCAGACUCUGAAGAUUGCGGUGAGGUGUUGGUCGAGAAGUGAGCAGCAGAGGCGUUAUGAGGCAUUGGUGGCAAGGUCUGAGAGGGAUAGAAAUGGCAGGGAGGGAGAGCCCCUGGCUGCGCCUGCCAUUAAGGAGAGUCCGAGUGAGGAGGAUGCUGUGGAUGCCGAAGAGGCGGAGCUGAAGAAGCCGAGCUGGUUGCCUGAUUGGGCUGCCAUUUCGUCCGAUGACGGGAAGACCAUCUUGGCCGCAUUUGCGUUCUCGUUGCUGUUUAGGUGGUUCAUUGCGGAGCCUAGAUUCAUUCCCUCUCUUUCCAUGUACCCAACAUUCGAAGUCGGUGACCGGAUUGUUGCUGAAAAGGUGUCGUAUUACUUUAAACAGCCCAGCGUGAAUGACAUCGUCAUUUUUAAGGCGCCGGAAAGUUUACAAGCCAAGGGUUACAGUGCAGGAGAGGUCUUCAUCAAGCGUAUAAUCGCUAAAGCUGGAGAUGUCGUUGAGGUUCAUAAUGGCCAAGUCUUCGUCAACAAGCAGCCAAAGAAUGAGCCGUUCAUUGCUGAGCCGCCCAUAUACGACAUGAAAGCCACUUAUGUUCCCGAAGGUUUUGUGUUUGUCAUGGGGGACAAUCGUAACAAUAGCUACGACUCGCAUAUCUGGGGGCCACUUCCUGUGAAGAGCAUUUUAGGACGGUCCGUGGUACGUUACUGGCCACCCACCCGGCUCGGCAGCACGGUGUUGGAGCCAGAGGCUCCUGGUGUUCGCUUGACGCCUGUUCUCCCACUGCUUCAGGCUCAAAGUGCAAUGAGACCAUCGUAAGUCUUUCGUAGGAUUAGUGCAAUCAGGUUCGGUAACCCUGUCAUAUUAGGUUUGCGAACGAAGAAUUUUUUCUCUUUCGUCCAACCAUCCUUGAAGCACGUGUAGCAAGAUUUUGUAAAUUAUUUUGUUUUCCCAUGGAAGCAAUGGGCUGGUCAAUCAGCCAGAGUGUCGACUCAAUAGCAACAAUUUUUUCUCGUUUUUUGGAAAUCAAAUUACCAGAUGUGUGUGGAAGGGCAACAAUCUGUGCAUUCAUGGAAACUCAAGUCUGUGAUGGAACCACGCAUAGCAGCGUCCUCUUUGUAGAAUCCAGCGUUUGCAUUUUAUUUAUAUCGAACUGUGGUGACCAUUGUCAGCUCC